AUGGAUAUUCUUCAAUUAACAGAAUUAACAGAUGAUAUGAUGAAUUUAUCUCAUGAAGACUUUUAUGACUUCAUAGAAACUGCUCUGAAUAAAGAUUUAUGCGAUCUUUUUCGAUUACAAUCUGUUCGAGAUAUGUCUUCUUUAUCAUCCAUAACAGUAGAUGAAUUAACAGCAGUACUUAGUUAUGAUAUUGUGGAAUUAAGUUCUAUUAAAAGAAUACUUGGCUUUGUAUCAACUGAUGGGAAAUUUCAUCUUCGAAUUGGAUUUAGAGUUACACUUGAACGUUUAAUUUCAUUAGCAAAAUCUAAAACAAAUUCUUACGUAAAAAACUAUGAACUAAAACGUGACCAAUUGGAACAUGAUCUGCUAGGUAAACUAACAGAAGUUUGGAAACAAGGACCUAUGUCUUCCGGUACAAGUGAUAUUCCUAUACUUAUUCCUUGGAUGAAAAAUACUUUUGAAAAUUUUAAAAAACAAAAGAAUAAAUUUACUUAUGAUAAUCUGAUUCAACAAUUUGCCCUGUUAUUAUUUAUUCUUGGUGGUAGAAAUUGUUAUGAAUUUCUUCGAUUAAAUUUACCUGCUGCUUUACCUCAUGUAUCUAAUGUUGAAUUAUUGAUGAGAAACAAUGAACAAAAAAUACUUGAAUGUGAAUUUCGUUUUCAGUUGAUAAAAGAAUAUUGCAAAUCUAAUAAUUGUAAUUAUGUAUUUUCGUCCGAAGAUGCCACUCGUUGUAUCUCUCGUAUUGAUUAUGAUGCACAAUCAGAUAGUUUUAUUGGUUUUUCUUCAUGUUUAGUCAAUGGAUUACCACAACCAAAUUUUUUCCAGACGAAUAAAUUCGAUGAAUUGAAGUUGUGGUUCGAUACAUUUGAUAAAUCGGCAUAUAUUAAUCUUCAUAUGAUACAGUCUGUCGCGCCAUCAUCACCUCCAUUCAUUUUAUCGACUUAUGGAUCAAAUAAUAAGGCUACUGCAACUGAUGUUUUAAAAAGAUGGUUAUAUAUCUACAAUCAAUGUUUAUGUCAAGGAGUUCGGGUGAUAGGUUUCAGUAGUGAUUGUGACGCUCGUUAUCUUAGAGCAAUGAGAUUAUGUACUCGAUUUUUUGCACAACUACCUAAUUUAAAUCUUGUUAAACAGAAAGAUAAUUUUCAUUUACAGAUACCUGAGCGAUGGUCUUGGUUUUUUAUGAGUGGACAACAAAUUUUACUUUUCAUGCAAGAUCCUAUUCAUGUUGCGACAAAAUUUCGGAAUAAGCUACUUUCUGAAAUAGCAUCUAUGAAAAUGGGCGACUAUCAUGUUAGUAUUGAACAUUUGAUUAAUUUGAUAGAAUCAAAAAACAAAAUCGAACAUAAUUUAAUUAAAAGUGAUAUCUGUCCGAAAGACAGGCAAAACUAUGCUUCGUGUCGACGAAUAUCGUCGGAAUUAAUUCUACAAUUAUUAAAUAAGAUGGAAGAUUGUAAAGGAACAUACAUUUAUUUGUCAUUAUUACGGUCAAUUAUAACAGGAUUAAUAGAAAAAUCAACAACAAUCCAAGAGCGUUUGUAUCAUGUAUGGAGUGUGGUAUUCACGUGUAGGUUUUGGUGGACAUGGUUACAGUAUUCGAAGCUAAAACUUAAUUAUGAUGAUAAUGAUCAUGAAAAAAUAGAUAAUAUUAAAGCUAAUAGUUUUAUUACCAAGCCAACGUUCUGGUGUAUAGAAAUUAAUGCACACACCUUACUAUACAUUGUUUUAUUAGUUAUUAAAAGAAAACUACCUAUUGAUGCCCUUAAUUCAUAUCUUUUUAGUUCACAAACAUGUGAAAAUACUUUUCGUAUAGCUCGUGCCUUAUCAGGUCCGUAUUCUUCAAUUACAAAUUUCACUGUUAAGUCGUUUACAAAGAAAUGCGAAAAAAUAUCGAUUAUCAAUUCUAUUAAAUCUUGUGGUGGACGGAUAGGUGAAUACCAUUUUAAAUUUCCACAACAUCAUAAACUUGAAAAGGAAGCACACAACUAUUCAAUAAAUCCUAUCCAAAAGUUAAAUUUAACGGAAUCUGAUAUCGAAAAAAUUAUAGAAAGUGCAUUUGAAUCAGCUAAACAAAAUAUUGAAAUCGUUAAUAUGACACAACUAUUGAAAAAUGAACAUAAAUAUUCCAUCUCCGAACUAAGUCAAUAUAUAAAAACAAAUAUAAGUAAAUCGUCGUCAAAAGUAAUAGAUUAUACGAAAGGUUUUGAUUUUGAUGAUGAGAGUGACGAAGAUAAUCUACAAGAUGAUGAAAAUGAUUCAUCGAUGUCUGAUGAUAUAGAUCAAAUAUCAGCGAAUAGUACUGAUGAAGAAGAAGAAAAUGUUAUUUCUAGUGAUCUCUCUGAAGUUGAACGACAAACUUUUCAUGGCUGCAGAAUCUACGAUAAAAUUAAUCCUCAACAAAGUAAAAAAUAUUUUCGUAUUUAUAUCGGUUCGUCAUUGAAAUAUAUACAUAAACAGACGGCCUGUUGGAUGUUAACAGACAACCGAAGCCACUUAUCAAGUGACCGGCUAGUACGAGUUCGCACAUCCGAAAUGUGA